UACAGACGUGGCUUUACGUCAGCUGUCCCUGGUGGCUUCACUGGUGUCGUUGCCUUGGCACUUCCCAUACUGCCCUGAGCAGAAGGUGGCCGUUGGGAGGCAGCAUCGCUGCUGUUCCCGAGAGACUGCAUGAGAACGGCGCACGGAUUUGGUCCACCACGCUCGAAGGGGCAGCGCGAACAGCGGCGCGCCGUGAGACUUGAUGGCUUCGUUCCAGCAACGGCGCGCUUUGUUUUGUCUGCGAUUCGCUCGUGAGGUGUGCGGUGCGGAUGUCGAGUGGGACUGCUGGAUCAGGGGCGGUGCCAGGAGCGGUGCCAGCAGAAGCGUGGACGAUGUUGUAGUAAUGGGGCGAGCGCGGGAAGCACCGCGGGUCGCGGGCUCGGCGGAUAACGAGAGCUGGGACGUAAGCGGGAUAGAAGCGAGUGACUGUUACGACAUCACCGAGCGAUGCGCAAACGAAAUAACGAGAGGAAGCAGGUCGAUUAGCGACAAAGCCGAGAAAGCGAGUGUUAACGGCGGAAUGGACUGGUCAGGAGUAAAGUUGGUCGCAGUGGGCGGAGGCAGGCACACCACGCCUCUUAGCAGCGGGAGCAGCACUGGGUCUGAGCUCAGCCUGAUUCGCCCGCCCUCCACUGACCUGACUGACCUCCGCCGCUGGCACACCCAAGAAUAGACCCACGCGCAGCCCUCUAACGCAGCGCUGGAUCGCGGGCUCAGCACGUUAGCUUACGCACCGGCAGCAUGCGUCUCGCGGCGCUGGUGACGAAUGG